UAUUUCCACACUUUUAGAAUAAACCCUAUCCUUGUUUAAUUUAGACAGAGAAAAGCAAUGGCAUUACAAAGACAAGUACUCUUCCCAUUCCUCACCAUGAUCAUUAUUGGUAUUAUUUCAGACUCCACCAGUAGCCUUCACGGGGACUCACCUCAUGAUUAUGAUCGCCUUGAAGAAUAUGGUUACGACUUCGAAGCGUACCCUUCUUCGUAUAUCAGCUCUGAUAUUAUUGAAGAAGACAACGAUAAAGGAGUGGGCAGGGUUUUGGCUUCAGCCACAACGGUUAGCGUUGAUCAUUAUGGAGCAAAAGGUGAUGGAAGCAGUGAUGAUACUCAGGCAUUUAAGAAGGCUUGGAGCAAUGCUUGUUCAUCAAAAAGUGCGGCUGUGUUCUUGGUUCCCCAAAAGACCUAUCUUGUCAAGCCAAUCACAUUCCCAGGCCCUUGCAAUUCUGGUCUUACAGUGCAGAUUUAUGGAACAAUAGAAGCAUCUGCUGAUCGAGCUGACUAUAGCAAAGAUGGGAAACAUUGGCUUCUAUUUGAUAGUGUUCAAAAUUUGGUGGUUCAAGGAGGUGGGACCAUCAAUGGAAAUGGGAAGAUAUGGUGGCAAAAUUCUUGCAAGAUUAAUAAAGCUCUUCCUUGCAAGGAUGCGCCAACGGCUUUGACCUUCUAUAACUGCAAGAAUGUGAAAGCAAAUAAUUUGAAGAUCCAAAAUGGGCAGCAAAUGCAUGUUUCUUUUGAGAAAUGUGUGAACGUUCAAGCCUCCAAUCUCAAAGUGACUGCACCGGAGAACAGCCCUAACACUGACGGAAUUCAUGUCGCUAAUACCCAAAACAUCCAGAUUUCAAGUUGCAUUAUAGGCACAGGUGAUGAUUGUAUUUCAAUAGUGAGUGGCUCUCAAAAAGUUCAAGCCACAGACAUAACCUGUGGACCAGGUCAUGGAAUCAGUAUUGGAAGCUUAGGAUCAGGGAAUUCAGAGGCUUAUGUUUCAGAUGUGGUGGUGAAUGGAGCUAAGCUUUCUGGAACCACAAAUGGAGUCAGGAUCAAAACAUGGCAGGGGGGAUCUGGAAGUGCAAGCAACAUAAAGUUCCAGAAUGUGGAAAUGUAUAAUGUGAGCAACCCCAUAAUCAUUGACCAACAUUACUGUGACCAAAAGACGCCAUGCCAACUACAGAGCUCAGCAGUUCAAGUUAAAAAUGUGUUGUACCAAAACAUCAAAGGAACAAGUGCUUCGAAUGUUGCCACAGCAUUUUAUUGCAGCAAGAGAUUUCCAUGUCAAGGAAUUGUGUUGCAAAAUGUCAACAUAGAGAAACGAGGAGGCGGAGCAGCAAAAGCCUUAUGCAACAAUGUCAAAACCAGUGCCGUUGGAGUUGUUUCACCGCAUUGCCCUUGAGAAUUGAAUGAGGAGAAUUACCAAGUGUUACAUACUAGUAGUGCUACAAUAAAGAUGACAAUUUGGUCUUUUUCCCUCUAUGGUUUGAUGGGAGAAACCCCAUGAGGUGAAAUGCUACUCGAGGGGUUCGGGGCAACCACAUGGAGGACAAACGGGCUCUUAUCAAUUGUUCACCGUGAUGCAUAUAUGGCUUGGAAUUGUUGUAGGAUUCUUUAAGCAAAUACUGUAAAUAUUACGUGAAAGAUUGAAUAAGAAUUGUUGUAUAAUAGUAGGUUAAUUUCUCAUUCUUUGUCAUGAAUAAGAUAAAGCUGUUACAUAUUGCUUUUGGUAGUA